AUGCAACAGCUCUUGAAACUGUUGGAUGAUAACAUUUAUGUGUCUAGAUACCGAAUAUGGGGGGAUGAAGUAACCGUUAGAGAUAUACUUUGGACUCAUCCUGAUUCCAUCAAGUUGCUCAACGCUUUUCCCAUUAUGCUCAUAAUUGAUUCAACGUACAAGACCAACAUGUACAAACUUCCAUUAUUGGAUAUGGUUGGUGUUACCUCUACUGAGAAAACCUAUUCUGUCAUGUUUGCAUUUCUAGAGACUGUAAAAGAGGAGAAUGUUACUCGGGCCUUAGAGGUGUCUCAGUCAAUGUUGAAGGACCAAGAAGAGAUGCCUAAAGUGAUUGUUACCGACCACGAUACUGCGCUAAUGAAUUCGGUUGCAAAGGUAUUCCAUACUUCUUAUGCAUUACUUUACUAG